AUGGGGGCCACAGGCUACGGCUACUAUCGUGCAACCAUCUUCUUCUGCAUGUUCACCGGCUACGCGCUGUACUUUUUCAACAGGAAGACCUUCUCCUUUGUCAUGCCCUCUGUGAUGGAGGAGAUUGAACUGGACAAAGAUGAUUUAGGUCUGAUCACAAGCAGCCAGACCAUGGCCUAUGCCAUCAGUAAGUUCAUCAGCGGCGUACUGUCGGAUCAGAUCAGUUCCCGCUGGCUCUUCUCCAUCGGCCUCUUCUUGGUGGGGGGCAUCAACGUAGCCUUCUCAUGGUCCUCCACUGUCCCCAUGUUUUCACUGCUCUGGUUCUUCAACGGCCUGGGACAAGGUUGUGGCUGGCCCCCGUGUGGUAAAGUACUGCGCAAGUGGUUUGAACCCUCCCAGUUUGGAACAUGGUGGUCUGUGCUGUCCUGCAGUAUGAACCUGGCCGGAAGUCUGGGUCCAAUCCUGGCCACAGUGCUCCUGCAGUAUUACGACUGGAGGACUAUCCUGACCAUGUCUGGCAUUUUUUGUGCUGCCUUCUCAUUUGUUUGUGUGCUAUUUGUAAAGAAUGAGCCAAAGGAUGUGGGCCUGCCCAGCAUCGAGGCCGCAGCCAAGAAGGGGGUGAAGAGAGGCAACAGUGAGAGCACCCUGAGUGAGUUCCUCCUCUCUCCUUUCCUGUGGGUGCUGUCUCUGGGUUACUUGGUGGUGUUCGGUGUGAAAACAGCUGCCACUGACUGGGGACAGCUGUUCCUCAUGCAGGAGAAAGGCCAGACUGUUCUCAUGGGCAGUACCUACAUGAGUGCCUUGGAGGUGGGAGGUUUUGUGGGCAGCCUUGCAGCAGGCUUCCUCUCUGACAGAGCUGUAGCUCGGAAAGGCUUGGGCACUCACGGCAAUCCUCGCCAUGGCCUGCUUAUUCUCAUGAUGGCCGGUAUGUAUGUGUCCAUGUACCUCUUCAGAGUCACCAUCACACCUGAAAUCCCAAAGGAGGCUCCUCUUUGGGUCCAAGUCAUUCAUCCUGUCUCUGUCCUCAUUGGUGUAUCAGAAAAAGAGAUCUGGAUCCUGUUCCUCGGUGCUAUGUUUGGAUUUUCUUCUUAUGGACCAAUUGCCUUGUUUGGGGUGAUAGCCAGCGAAAGUGCUCCUUCAAAUUUUUGUGGAACCUCUCAUGCUGUUGUAGCUCUGAUGGCUAAUGUGGGGGCAUUUAUGGCAGGGCUUCCCUUCAGCACUAUUGCCAAACAACACAGCUGGGACAUGGCUUUCUGGGUAGCUGAGGUGAUAAUGGCCAUUGCCACCAUUGGCGUCUUCCUCACACGCAACAUGCGCACCAAAAUGGGACGGAUCGCAGAGAAACUGGAAUAAUGUAUCUUCCUGAAAUGAGCCAACUGUUGAUGUCCUGUUAUGUGACUUUUUUCUGAUUAAUUGGGAAAAAGUAGAUGCUCAGGGUGAGUGUGAGUCCUCUUAUUCAACCGCACACAAAUAGGAGAUGAUAAUUAUUCAUCACAAACUAAUAUUUGAAUGCUACCACUUAAUCCUAGAGGCAGUAUUCAUGUAGGGAUAUUUCAGUUUAACAACAUGGACAUGAAAAUAUGUUUUCAGUGGAUUUUGUUGAUCAGGCGUGCUGCUCAUUGCAUACCUGGCCUUCAGUGGAUGUCAGUUCUGUUUUACUUAUUGAAUGUUUACUGAUGGCCCUGUAUAUUCUAGAUUAUUAUUUGUCUAGGUAUUUGCACAAAUGUGGUAGCAUGUGUCGUGGUCAUUUUACUAAUACCUCACAUAUUCAUAAAAAUUGAAUAGGCUCAUUGUUUCACUGAAAUUACAUAAAUGAAGUGGAGAGCAUGUUAUUUUUAUACAGUUGUAUGAUACAGAAUAACACUUUGAUGCAGACUUUCUUUGCCAUGUCGGCUUUGGUGAUCGGACAUGCUCUCAAGGAUCACUUCAGGUGUUCUGCCACUGUAGUUGUGUACACUAGUUGCAACACUGGAUUGUAUAUUGUCAACUUUCUCAUCUCAGAAAUUAAUGGGAUUGUACAAUAAAUGUGAAGUUUACUUUGUUUCUUUGUGUAAACUGGCAGUAGUGAAGCUUACCACCUGCAGCUUUACUGUCAGAUGUUGUCCCUUCUUGCUUCAGCCAAUUCUUAAAAAGCCUUAAAAUGCAAUUGCACUAAAUAUGCAUAAACCUUCCAAAAGAUGGUAGGGGAAUGUCUUCUCAUUUCACAUCUAUGGCACAUUUUUUUAAAUUCUUUAAUAAAAUAAUACGCACA